ACCGUGUGUGCUUUUUAAAAAAAACUUGUUCUCUGAGUAACACUUCCAGAGAAAACAGAACAUUGCGUUUUCAGCGACCAGAAAUAUAAACAUAUUUCUUAGAACUGCCGAGAAGUGAAACCGAAAGUGAAGUGUCCGAGACAUGACUGGUCGGGUGGAAGCAGGUGAUUUCCUCGAAUCGAAACAGGGGAGGAAUAAAACGAAGUGAGAUGUCAGUUUGGGUUCCAGACCAGAUCUAACAAGAGGCAAUGAAUGUGCCUGGCUUCUCGGAGCCCUGUCAAUGUGUAAGGAGGCACGAUUCAUUGACUCUAUCAUACAGUUCACUACUCAGGGAGCACAACACAGCCGGCGCUCACCGAGACUCCAGCCGCUCGCUGCUGCUACACCUCGCCCAAGCGAACGGACUUUCUCCGCACCUCGUCCUCUCCAAAGGACGAUUGGAAGCUUUCUUUUAAAUUCUCCGCAGAUCCUAGCCUGAUGCAGAAGGGUUGGUUAUUAUCUGCAUUGCACUGAAGCCUCUAGCUAUGGGAGACCACCCAGGGUCGUCCAUGCUAUAGGAUGGUGGCAGACCGCAAUCUAACUGACAGAGCUGCCAAUGCCAGGGACCAACUAGAGCCUCAGAUACUGGAACCCACAGAGCACGACAAUGGCCUUCAGCAGCCCGACCUCAGACACCAGCAGGCAAGGGCCAACGCCGGCAACCGCCAGGUGGAAACACACUUCAAAACCUUCAGAUCUCAGUCGGACUUUCACAUCAUCACCAGGACUUGUAGAUACCUGGAGGACAGUGGCUUCUACUGGGGCCCGAUGUCAGUGGAGGUGGCUCACAGCAAGCUUAAAUCUGAACCUGUGGGGACAUUUCUUAUUAGAGACAGCAGACAGAAGGAUUAUUUUUUCUCUCUCAGUGUCAAGACUGCCAAUGCUCCCAUCAGUUUCAGGAUUCAGUUUAAGGGUGGUCGGUUUGGCUUGGAUGGCAGUGAGGAGUUCUUCAGUUGUGUCAUGAAGCUGAUCGAGCACUUCACAACCUCACCAAGGAACCUUCUCUCCAAACCUCUCCGAAAAGUCAGACUGCAGCCCUUGCAGGAAAUCUGUAGGAAGAGGAUUAUCGAGUCGUAUGGGAGAGACAACAUAGACCAGCUCCCCUUAACUAAUGUCCUGAAGGAUUAUCUCAAGACAUUUCCAUUUCGCAUUUAAAAAGCAGCAUUACCCUCUUUCCUCCCCCCGCCCCACCACCCCCAUCCACCUCCCUCCACCCCAACCCUCACUUAGAGAGCUGUGAAGAAAGGGGAGGCCACAAAAUCGUUGGAAUUCUAACGCUCAGUACUAUUUGGGGGAUUUCUCUUUGUAGCAUUUGCGUUUUCGUUUUGGAGAAAACUUGAACCAUUUUAUGACUGUUUACAGAUGCAAAAAAUGUUUACACUAUGUGGGGUUUAUAACCCACUGA